AUUGUGGGACACAAACAAAGUGCCCCCAAACAGGCUGGAGUGAGCGGAGCGGCAACGGCGGCGGCGCCGGCCCGCACGCGCGCGGCGGCGGCUCCCUCCCAACCUCCCCCUCCCCUCCCCUCAGUCCCCUUCCCCUUCCCCACCCCGCCCCGCUGGGAACACGCGAGCCGUCGCCGCGCUCCCCAAACAACCGCCUGCCUUCGGCCAACCGUCCCCAACGGCCGCCCGCGCGCGGCUCCCGGGCCCCCUCGCUCCUCCCCUCUGGCCCCUCCGAGCGCUGGGGGUGCUUCCCUCCCCGCCUCCUCGCACUCCCACCUCGCGGGCACGCCGGUGGGCUGUGCCGCCAUGCCCCAGCCACAGGCUGCUCACGGGCCUAGGCGCGGCGGCCCGAGAUAGGGGCCCCUGAGCCUCCCGGGGGAGGAGAGAGGCAGCGAGCCGCGCGCUCCGCCCCCUCCCCCCGGGCCGCCGCCGCCGCCGCCGCCUCGCCGCCCCAGCCUGGCGGGAGAAGGAGGAGCAGCAGCAGGCCUCCGGGCCCGGCGCCGCCGCCCGCAGGACAUUUCUGAUUCAUUUGCAUCCUUGAAGAGCAUCUGUAGAAGAGGAAGUAAAAGAUGGGUGUGAAAACAUUUACUCAUAGCUCCUCUUCCCACAGCCAGGAAAUGCUUGGAAAGCUAAAUAUGCUGCGAAAUGAUGGACAUUUUUGUGAUAUCACUAUUCGUGUCCAGGACAAAAUCUUCCGGGCACAUAAGGUGGUACUAGCAGCUUGCAGUGAUUUCUUUCGCACCAAACUUGUAGGCCAAGCCGAGGAUGAGAACAAGAAUGUGUUGGAUCUGCAUCAUGUUACAGUGACUGGCUUUAUACCUCUUUUAGAAUAUGCUUACACAGCCACUCUAUCAAUUAACACAGAAAAUAUUAUUGAUGUUCUAGCAGCAGCCAGCUAUAUGCAAAUGUUCAGUGUUGCCAGCACCUGCUCAGAGUUCAUGAAAUCAAGCAUUUUAUGGAAUACACCCAACAGCCAACCUGAAAAGGGUCUAGAUGCUGGACAAGAAAAUAAUUCUAACUGCAAUUUUACUUCUCGAGAUGGGAGCAUUUCUCCCGUGUCCUCAGAAUGCAGUGUGGUAGAAAGAACGAUUCCUGUCUGCCGAGAAUCCCGGAGAAAGCGCAAAAGCUACAUUGUUAUGUCUCCUGAAAGUCCUGUAAAGUGUAGCACACAAACAAGCUCACCCCAGGUAUUGAAUUCUUCAGCUUCCUACUCAGAAAAUAGAAACCAACCAGUUGACUCUUCCUUAGCUUUUCCCUGGACUUUUCCUUUUGGAAUUGAUCGAAGGAUUCAGCCUGAGAAAGUUAAGCAAGCAGAAAAUACCCGGACUUUAGAAUUACCUGGCCCAUCUGAGACCAGUAGAAGAAUGGCUGAUUAUGUGACUUGUGAGAGCACAAAAACUACCUUGCCUUUAGGUACCGAAGAAGAUGUCCGGGUCAAAGUAGAAAGAUUAAGUGACGAGGAGGUCCAUGAGGAAGUGUCCCAGCCUGUCAGUGCAUCUCAGAGUUCACUGAGUGAUCAGCAGACAGUUCCAGGAAGUGAACAAGUCCAAGAGGACCUUCUGAUCAGUCCACAGUCUUCCUCUAUAGGCUCAGUAGAUGAAGGCGUUUCUGAGGGGUUGCCUACACUUCAAAGCACGUCUAGCACUAAUGCUCCUCCGGAUGACGAUGACCGAUUGGAAAAUGUUCAGUAUCCCUACCAACUCUACAUUGCUCCUUCCACCAGCAGUACAGAACGACCAAGUCCAAAUGGUCCCGACAGACCUUUUCAGUGUCCAACCUGCGGGGUGCGAUUCACCCGUAUUCAGAACCUAAAGCAGCAUAUGCUCAUCCACUCAGGAAUUAAACCAUUUCAGUGUGACCGCUGUGGGAAAAAGUUCACCAGGGCUUACUCGCUAAAGAUGCAUCGCCUAAAGCAUGAAGGUAAACGCUGUUUCCGGUGCCAGAUAUGUAGUGCCACUUUCACUUCCUUCGGGGAAUAUAAACACCACAUGAGGGUUUCCCGGCACAUUAUCCGCAAGCCUCGGAUUUACGAGUGCAAAACAUGUGGCGCCAUGUUCACCAACUCUGGAAAUUUAAUCGUGCACCUGAGGAGUCUGAACCAUGAAGCAUCAGAGCUAGCAAACUACUUCCAGAGCAGUGAUUUCCUAGUACCGGACUACUUAAACCAGGAACAAGAAGAGACCCUUGUUCAAUAUGAUCUUGGAGAGCACGGUUUUGAAAGCAGCUCCUCUGUUCAAAUGCCUGUAAUUUCACAGGUCUCCUCAACCCAGAAUUGUGAAAGCACUUUUCCCUUGGGGUCUCUUGGUGGGCUGGCAGAAAAAGAGGAAGAAGUGCCAGAGCAGCCAAAGACCAGUGCUUGUGCUGAGGCAACCAGAGAUGACCCCCCAAAAUCAGAGCUGUCUUCUAUAACUAUUGAGUAAUUUUGUGAUUUGGCUUCAGUUUUGUUUUUUGGAAAGUGCCUGUGCUCGGUCUUGUACAUUUAAAUUUAAUUUAAUUUUUUAAACAAAAAAAGCCGGGUGGGAGGGAGGGGGAGAUUGGGAAAGAAUUUCCCUUUUUACUUUCUGAGCCCUGAAACUGAUUUUAUUUUUCAUAACUGAGAGAGUGCUUCUGUAAGUACACAAUAACAUAAUGUUGAAACAGAAACCAUGAGACUUAGGGAGAACUGGUUGACUUAAAACAUAUACCAGUUCCUUCUUCCAUUGUUAAAAGUAGGCUAACAACAGAUCAUUAGCUAGAGAGGAAAAUCAGAUGAUUAUUGACCUUCUUGAGAUAAGAGGGUACACGAGAAACUAAUUACUAAACAGCCUGACAAAUGGCCUGAGUAGAUACUUACUGCUGUACACAGGAUGUUGUAUAAUAUUUUGUAAAGCCUGUUGUUUUUGGAAGUAUUUAUGAUAAGCUUUCUUAAAAAUUAUUAGGGUAAAUACUUCUGAAAUCUGGCGUACUUAUUUUUAAGCUUUGUCAUUUCUGUUAUGAUUUUUCAUGGUGAAAUUUUGGUACUGAGAUGGGCAUUCUCUGUACCUCUGUAGUACCACUCCAAAGGUAAAGAACCGUGAUUGACAACAGUAAAGCUGUGGAUGAAAUGACCAGGAACGGAGAAUGAAGUAUGUAAAUCCCAGCUUCAUAGGAACUCUUCUCAUAUUGCUUUUCUGAGUAAAAUCGCUGUUUACCUGGUCUCCGAAUGUUAAUGCCUGACUGUGUCAUUGCCCGGAUCAGUUUUCCCCCUGCCUCAUCAAUAUGUUCUCUUCAUAUAUUGGCGUGCUGCCAUAUAAAGUAGAAAUAUUGGAGAUAUUCUAUAUUUUAUAUAUAGGUCUAUGUAUUGUUGGGGAUGUUUUCAUUGUGCUCUUUUGGACAUAAUAAAGAAUUCUCUGUUGAGGCUACAUUCUUUUUUUUUUUUUUUUUUUUUUUUUUUUUUUUUUUUUUAAAGAGAAUGGCAUCUCACUCUGUUGCCCAAGCUGGAGUAUAGUGGCUAAGUCAUAGCUCAUUGCAGCUUCGAACUCCUGGGCUCAGGCCAUUCUCCUGCCUCAGCCUCUUGAGUAUCUAGGAUUACAGGCACGCUCCACCACACCUGGUUAACUUCAUUUUUAUUUUUUGUAGAGAUGAGGUCUCACUAUGGUGCCCAGGCUGGUCUUGAACUCCUAGGCCAAGUGAUCCUCCUCUUUCGGCCUCCCAGACUGCUGGGAUCACUGCACCGGCCAAGGCUGCAUUCUUAACCCAACUAGAUUGUUUACUGAAUCCCAUAUGACAGCGAUACAUUGUCCUUACAUAUUUUUAGAUAUUGCAGAGUUAGUUAUUAAAAACAGUUACUAUAGUUUUUACGCAACGUAGGCAACAAUGAAAAGAUGGGUAUAGACUAAGAUUUUCAUCUAUGACUUAUAAAUCUGGGAGAAAAAAAAUUAAGACUAAUGAGAAACUGAAAACCUUAAACUAAUGAAUAUUACAUUUCUGCUGCUAAAAAUAUGAAACUUUCUGGUCUGUAGUUGAAAUUUAUAUGAUCCUCUAGACUUGGGUAUACUUUUCAUCUGGUGCCAUUAAAGCAUCUCUAAUAUUGAUCCUAAAUAUUUGUAAGUCCAUGAGCAGUGAACUUUGGAAUAAGGUUCUGUGUAGAUACCCCAAGUUUAAUAAUUAUGAGAGCACCUGAUUUGAUAGAAAAUAGUUCUUUAGUCAAAACACAAGAUCUGAAUUUUGUUCAGGUGCUAGACCAUACUAAAUGUAUAUAUUUUUAAUUAUAGUGAUUUGUUUUUUUAGAUUGGCUAAUUCUGUAAUUUUUUCCCCAAAAACAUGAAGAAAGGAAAAGUAAAUUCCUUAGAACUGUUUUAGGUUAAGAUUCUCUGUGUCUGCCCAUAUUCUGCACUCCUUAGCUUGUUUUCAACUCUUUACCUCACUCAUGAACUUGUUUUUACCCAUUUGCUCCAAACAUAGAUGUGUUCCCUUCAGGAGAAUCAGCAUAUACAGGUUAUGAUAGGAUCCCACCAUUUAUGCUUCUUCACUGAUAGGGUUGCAUUACUUUCUGCAGCAGACUAUAAUACUUCAUAUAGUACUGCUGUGUCUCAACCGGAGAGGUCAGGAAUUUUAAUGUCACAUUGUGGUCUUUGAAAACUGUUAUGCCUAGCAAUAAAUCUCAAAAUUAAUUUUAAAAUCUGUAUUGACAAGAAUAGGUAAAAUUAUGACCAGGAAUCAUUGUUACCCUUAGUUCCAAGAGGUUUUUUGUUUUUGAAAGAGCAAGAGGAAAGAAAAAAGAAGGAAAGAAAUAAAAAUAAAGAAGAGAAAUGUAUAAGAAUGGUUUGCAGAUUUAUUGGUUAAAAGUGUUUUUUAGCACAUCCCCAACCCUGAAAACUUCACAUUGAGAGAGCCAAGCACAAUUUUGGUAGCUCUAAGAUAUUCUGACUGUGUUCUCAGAAUGAGGGAUUACUCAUCACUGGGUAUUCCUUCCCAAGUAGAAACUUUAGAUUUUCACUGGUAAUACAAAUUGCCAAGUUUUAUGGGAAAUCUGAAUAUACUGUGAAAAUGCAAAUCUGGUUAGUUGUCUGCUGCCCAGAUCUUAUCAAUACCAGUAACUAACCAGUAUUUAACAUAAAAUGAUACAAAGGCCUUUUGCUAUUUCAGUGAGGGUACAUUUUUCUUGAUAUAUGUACUUUAAGGAUACUGGAUCUGUUUUAGGAAACAGAUUUGCAAGGAAUAAUUGUAUAUAUAGAAGUAUUUAGAUUUAUUUCAAAUUAAUCUUAGGGAUGCCUAGAUGCAUAAUUUUUACCAGGACAUAUUGAAAAUAUUGCAAAGAGAUAGCCAGUUAUAUUAUCCCAUUCAUUAGAAAUUAUCAGUAUAACUAAACAUAAAUAUUCCAGUUUAGAGUACUUAAACGUAGCUAUCUUUCUUAAGGCCAGUAGGGUAACUUUGUGGUAUCUAAAGGGCUUAAAUUUCAGAAUGCAGAAUAAAUUGCCUUUUUAAAACCAAGCAUUUUAUACAAGAAAAGCUUUUAUUUUCAGUUUUUUAACUACCAAAUAGGUGUGAUGUACUUUAGAAGUAAAGAUGUUCACCCAUGAUAAUGGAUGUUAAAGCUCCUGCAGUUGCUCUUUUCAUGUUUAAAGGGUAUAUUCUAAUAGUGGAAGCAUCAAGCAUGUCAGUGAUUUCAUCUAAUUCUGAAAUAAAGGGAUUCAUAUUGGUCUUUUUUUUUUGGCAUUUUAAGUUUUAUAUAAAUGGAUGCAGACGGAGAUUAUCACCCACAAAUAUAUUUAAAUUGAUUUUUGUUAAUUUGAAUUUCAAGUAAUCUUUUUAUUUCAAGUAAUUAGUUAUGCGUUUAGUUACAUUGCCAGUUUUUUUUUGUAUCAAUUUCAGUAAGACAAAAUAUACUAAAAGGUUUAAAUAGCCUCAUUCAAUCUUACAUUUUGACAUUUCAGCCAUCAUUCUGGCUUACAGUAAUUAGGUCCCCUGUUAUGACACAUGCCCUUUGGUCUUAAUAACUAGCAAAAAAAAAAAAAAAAAAAAAAUUUCGUCUUGUUAAAAUACUUUACCAAAUGAAAUAAACUAGUCCACACAUCUAAUGUCCAUAAUUAUUGGUAACUCAGUUACCUUCUAACUAAUAGGCUGGUUCAGGAGACUCUUCCAGUUUAUUAAUGGUUCCCUUGGGAGCCUUUGGAAGCUGUAUUAAAUCUUUCAGUCUUUUAUUUCUUAUUUUAUUCUCUUAAUCUAAAUAGAGGCCAGUUAUCUAUUUUAUCAGCUUUUACUCUUGAAGAUUCUCAGAUUAUGUUUUAGUCCCUUUUAGCUUUAAUAGUCCUUGAAAAAUAUAUUACUGUAUAAUGUAGUGGCAAUUCUGUAACACACAGAGAAUUAUUCUUAUUACUUGAAUGAAUAAUCCUAAAAUUUUAAUAUUGUAGCUGAAAGAAGUUUGAGAUUUGUGGAAUUGAUGAACAAAAGAAUUAGAAACUUUCAUAUGGUACUUUGUUUCACUCAUCUGCAAAGUAUGAAGUUGAAAUUCUGAAAUAUACAUCCAAGUGAAUGAGAAUUAAAAAUUUUCUAAAUAUUAAUACUAACUGGGAAAAAAAACUAGUGUGAAGUUUACCGUUAGAAGAAACAGACCCAAAGUUGCCAAAACUAUUUAAUGUAGUUUUCACUGUAAGUUACUGAUGUAAGAUGCUUUAUAAUAUAUUUAGAUUUUGAAAGUUAUUGAGAGAUGAAUGUAUAAAAGCUAAGUUUUCUUUUCUGAAGCAGUGAAACAAAAUUGGGGUAACAAGGAAGCUCUAUUGUGGCAAACAUGUCUAUGAGGAAUAUUAAAACUAAGUAUACUCCCACAGGCUUUAAACUCAAAUCACGAGCAUUUAAAUUCAGUCGUUCCUUAUUUUGCCUAUACCCAUUUUUAUCUUUCAGUGUCGUUUUUGCUUGACAGUAUGGUGACAGUAUUUUUAUUUGGAAAGUCCUCACUCAGCAAGAUGAAUUUUAGCCAAAAGCAAUAAUGGUUCAGAUUAAACAAUAAAGUGGAAUUGAUUCAAUCCCAGGCUCAACUAAGAACAGUCACUCUCUGGAUGUUUCAUUUUAGACGAUAGAUAAGUUGAGAUGUUGUAAUAUUUAUGGGGGGUUAAGCCUAUGUCAGUUAUGGGAUGAAGACUUGUAGUACCAGUACCAUCAGUAGUCACACUUUAACUUUUUACUAAACUAAUACAGUUAGACAUUUCCACUCUAUCGUGAUUAUAUUUUUAUGAUGGGAAAAUAAAAACAGUUCCAUGUUUUUAUAGUCUCUGCAAAGAUUUCAGAUGUUAUUGGUAUCUCGGUUUGGCAGUAUCUGAAAAAUUGAGAUUGCCUUUAAAGUGUUUGUGCUACUUUUACUUAAGUAAACCUCCACUGUAUAAGACCCAGGCCGGUUUCACCUAAUACCAAGGUUUCUAUGUGCAUAAUAGUUUACAAAGAACUUAAGAGUAAAGACUAUGGAUUAAAAACAAAAAUUUCUUUAACUUUAAAAUUAUUAGUUUUGUUCAAAGUACCUGGUUUAUAAAGUCAAAUUCUUUUAUUGUUUCCUUUCUCUUUUAAAUUGACUGAUUUUGCUGAUGAAGCUUAAAGUCCCAGGCACAGUUGUGAUGAUAUACUGAUAAAACUGGUGCCUAGUUGUUUGAGGAGCUCCAGUGUCAUGACUUUUAUUAAAUUGCCCUUGUUUUCCCAAAUGCCAAUCUAGCCGUAUUUAGAUUUCAUUAUUCAAUAAAACAGAUUAAAAAUCAUCCCAUAAAUGAAUGUUGAGGUUACCAAAGUACAUCACCUGCUGAGGAAGGAUAAAUCUUCCUGCUUUAAGGGAGCCCCGUCGUCUCUCCUCUUACUACACGUUUCCCUUGGUAUUAGUGGAAGCUGUGUUCUAGAUGGGAAGCCUUUCCUGCAGUUCUUAGAAACACCUGCUUUCUAAAGAGAGCCUUUUCUAGGAUUAGGUUAUGUGUGUUUUCUCUAGGAGAUUUUUUGUUUCAGUUACCAAUUUAAUUUUCAAGUUGACAGAUGCUGUGUAAAGUCUCUCAUACUGAGAGUAGUCCAUUAAAUUGUUGAAAGUUGCACUGCUUUUCAUCUUCCAGGUACCUGAAAUGAAUGACAUCAGGUAUUUGGAAGGAGUAAGAUCAUAAACUGUAUUCAUUUUCUUCCUUGUACAAAGUGAUGACUUCUAAUGCUUAUAUCUCAAGGUAUUUUUUAAAAAAGCAACAGUCCCUAAUAGAGUAAAAUUUGGUUUUGGUCCAAGUUCCCAAUAAUAUAUUUAAUGUUUCUGUUGUUACUGGUGCCUCCUGUUGCAUCAGAUAGAGAUUGCCUGCCUCUUUGUAGGGCACCCUUAUGGCACCUUAUGUCCAACUUGGAGGAUAGUAUAUGGCUUCUUUGUGCCUCUACUAUCUUUUCAAAAGCCAUUUUAUAAAAAUCCUAGGUAGCCUAUUUUAAUAUUUAAAUAUAUAUAUUUGUGAAAGAACUUUUAGAAGACUUUUUUUUUUUACUUUAAAAUUCCUGUAUUUCCAUUUUUAAGAGUAAAUUUAAUCUCCAGGAUUUAGAAGUGUCUUUCCAGAGAAGCAUAAUGAGAAAGUCAGAUUGAGGUAAUAGACCAGAAUUAAGUGAUAGAAAUAACUGUUGUUUGGUUAAAGGACACAGAUUUGAAGGAAAAAAAUUUUGAUGUAACAAUUUUUUAAAUAAAAUUUUUUGUUCUGUAAUGUCAUAUUUGCUGCUACAGUAGCUCAGUAUUUUACAGGGUUAACACAAAUCUGGCUCCAUUUAAAAACUGGAGUACUUCCUAGUGCAGCCAGCCUAGGCAGAAACUGUACACCAUGGUCUUCCAGACGGGUGACUGAUGGCUUUGUGUAGCUGAUGCAUGCUUUAACAUUUGCCUGUAGCCCGGCAGCAAGGAAGUCGGGGGUGGGGGGCUUUUUUAUCCUGCCAGUUAUAGCAUUAGGAUUCUUUCUGGGCACUGGCAUUUUGUGAAACUCUCAAGGGAAGGUGAUGCAGGGGAGAAAAUGUGAAUUAAAUUACAUAGAUGGGUGUUUUUAUGUUUUCUACCCCUUUCCUAGAAUUAGUACAACUCUUAACUGUGCCAGUCCCCAGUUCACCAGCUUUGUAUCCAGUCGUCAUCUCAUUCAAGUAUGGCUUUACUUGGUGACACUGGCCAUAGCUAAGUUACUUGGCAUGUUUGACUUUUGACAAUAACAAAAAUGGUUUUGGAUUUUUGUUUUAUUUCCAAAAAAUGUAUACAAUGUCAGAACUUCACAUUUUGUAUACUAGUAUCUGGCUAUUAGUAUAUUACAGGAACCAUAGUUCUUGGUGACUACAUAUAUAUAUAUAUAUAUAUUUUUGUGACCUUUUUUGUAAACUAAGUGCCGUUUCAACGUUACAAUCAUUUUUAGAGUUAUUGUAAUCAAUGUGAAUAUGUUUUUUCAAAUCUGUUCUGAGCCUAUAGUGUUUGCUUUGUGAACAUAAGUGUAUUGUAUAUAUUCUGUAUAGUUACAUUGUACUGAAAUUAGCUUGUUUGAUAUAAGGAAAAUAUGUAUUGAGUACCUUUUUGCUAGCCUGAUUGUUUAAUCUUUUUAAAAAAGGUUUAAACUUUUUUUAAAAAAAAAAAUCUUUAAACUGGCCUUUAUUACAUGGUCACACAUAAAGUUGCAGUUAUGAAAGGGAUGGGCAGGGAAAAACUAGUUUUGAGUGUCUUUAGAUAGAAACAUGAGACUAAGGUUUGAUUUUGUUUUCGUUUUCUCAUUAAAAUAUCUUAUGCUUUAUGGAAUAAAA